AUGCCAGGAAGUUCAGCAGAUCUGGCAGAACCGGACAUGCCUAUGAAACCAGAGCAAAUUUUGGCACAGCAGCUCAAGAAACACUUUGACCACGAUGGCCGAUAUCUUCAGAAUCAGAAAGCAAGUCUGCGGGCCUUGGGCCCCGAACGCAUCAUUGUUAAGAUCCCAAACCAGGAGAUAGUGCAAUGGAGUGGCGUUGUGACUAUACCAGAGGAGGAAGCACUGAGACUGGGAGCUUUUGCCCAGGGUCAGGAUCCGCUCGCCAAAUACGUCGACGGUGCGGAUAAACUCCCAUCUCACAGAUGGAUGUAUAUGGGAUGGCUGGAGAACGGGACCUUGGGCGACUUCAUGACAAGAGCCACCAGAGCAAAGAAGCCGUUACCUAACCGCUUACUUUGGGAAAUAUUCGGUUGCUUCGUGAGAAUGUGUAUAGCAAUUGCCUGGAGCGACGCGCACGAUUCCACUCAAGUGAGGUUGGAGCAGUUGCAGUCGCACGUUCCCCCACAUAUCAACUUUAACCCAGAUUUCAACACGGGAAACAUGGUAUUUGGAAAGUUCGUCCCUAAUAAUCCCGAAUAUGAACAUUCUCUCUCACCAAUCCUGACAAUGAUAGACCUAGGUUUAAUAGACAGACAGCAAACACCUAACCCGGCAGCUUGGUCGGCAGUUGUUAAAGAAAUCAUCAGGGAAAUAGGGGAGCAAAUAUACAUGCUCAUCGGGGCCGGUGGGAGAUCGGACGAUGGCAGCGCCCUCGAUCCAGACCUUAACAGCCUUGCAAUUUGGUGCAUGACUGGUGAAUUGACAGCUAAGCCUUCUAUUCAUGAACUAGCGCGCGCUGUUGAGGAGGGUAUGAGCAGGACUCCACAGUGGUAUAAUACCAACAAGCCGGGCGAGGACGAUGAGGUCGAAGCGGAUGAUAAGAUCAUUGGUUAUGUACAAGAGCUUAUACUGAACCCACAUGUCGAUCCUGCGCUGAGUGCCACUCAAGGACCAUAA